UGGUCUUUUGUUAUUUUUUUUAUUGCUCCAAACAUGUCAUCAAUUCAUUGUCCCCCAAGUCCAAUUUACCACACUAGCGUGGAACAAAAGAAACACUCCCGGCAAGCUGCAAAACAAUUCCAAUUUGGUUCGCCGAAACUUCGUGAAUUACUUCGAGAGAAAUGUCGUUCCCGAGUUCGAGAAGCCCGCCAAUCGAAAUUCGAUGGAAUUCGCAGUGUUACCAAACCUGGAGCAAAUACUCUUGUAGGCAAAAUCCUUCGUCAGGAAUUAGCUGAUUUAGAAACUGACUUAGAUCUUCAAGAGCUCAUUUAUAGAGAACUAAUUGAUGAAAUGGAUAUGUGGUUUGUCCAACAAAUGGAAGAAGAAGAAGAAUAUUUAAUCAAUGUUGGCGAUGCCGACGAUAUUGUAUUCUGUCCAAUUUGUCAGAAAGCUGAACUAAAUCAAGUUGCAGAAUCUAAAAUAAUUAUGUGCCAAUGUGGAGUUUCAUUUAAUUUCAAUGGAAGUCUUGAUAUUCUCGCUGUGGUUUAGCUUUCACAAGCAGAAAAGAAAAAAAGAAAAAAAUCUUCUCCAAAUCUACUAAAACUUGACUGGCAGCAGUAAAAGUAAAAAAAUUUCAAAAACUAUACCACAGAGAGGUCAAUGUAAUCUAAAUCUACAUAGAAAUUUAAAUUACACACAAAAUAAAAACCAGCCAUUAUUAAAUUGAUUGAGAGCUAUGAAAAGUUGCACAAACUUUCUAUCGUAGUUUUUUUGCUUGCUAGCUGCUGUGUGAGAAAAAAAGUAAAAAAUAAUUAAGUUUGCUGUUGUUGUUUUCUUUAUCGUGUGGAAGUAGUUUUUUUUUCUUCACAAAAAAAAAAGAAAGAAAAAACUUGCAAAUCUAAAAAAUCCCCGCGCCUUCUUUGUUCUUUGGCAACAACAAAAUAUAACAUAACUGGAAAACCAAUCCUUUUCCAAUUUUAUCAAAAAAAAAACAA